AAAAAUGGCGAACCCGAACGCAUGCGCCUGAUGCGAUUCACAACCUUACGAAUGCAAACGUUUGGUCAAAACAAGACGAAUUUUUGCUAUUGGUGCACCGCUCCUACUUUCCUUUCAAACAUAAGCAACAAUGUUUGAUUACAGUUUGUGUCUGUUUAUGCCAGAUGUUUAUUGACUUUUGUAAGCGAACGUUAAAAAAGUUACAAAGAUGGAUUGUUAUAAGGUUUUGGAGUUGUUAACCAAAUUUGACAAAGCAAAUUCAAACGUUGUUACCGAUCAACAAUUAGAAGAAAUACUAGAAACUGUAUAUUCCUCUAUACCAGAAGAUGUUUUAAAGGAAAUUGCAGAAGAUAAGAGUGUUAUCAGUGAUGUGAAUGACACAAGCUGGCAAUACCUGCACCUGAUUUUGUACACUAUCAAGACGCUUUGCAGAACUGAGCUGGCUCAAGAAAGUCCUUUGUUUACUGUUGACCAAUUUAAAUCCAUUAAGACGGCUAUAGAAGUAUCAGCUUGUAUUGGAAUCAUACCUUCUUUAUUACCUCAAGUUAAGACUCAUGCAAAUUCAAUACGCUCAAGAACUUUCAAAUUAAAGCUUGAUGAUGAGAAUAUAACAGAGAAAUACAAAAGAAUAUCUUACACAACCAGCGCUCUCUUAGAUUGCUAUAAUGAAAUCAUUCUUCAGGCACCAAUUCUAUCACAAUUGGAUUGUCUACUCGCAGCCUUACUGCAGUUGUCACAUGCACCACUAAGUAAGCCUACUGAAGGAAAUUCAACAGGCUCUGAUUCAAGCUCUGGCUUUGUAAUGACAAAAGAACUGUAUGUUAAACUAAAAGAAGAACAAACCAGUUUUCUAUUAAAAUUAAGAAAAUUAAUAGACAACUGUCCUCAAACUUUACUUAUCAAAGAACUGAUGGUAAUAUUGGGUGUAAAAAAUAAUCCCAAGUGGCUUCAAAUUAGUAUCAAACGUUAUCUGACUGAUAGAAUCAUGCAAGAUAAUGGUGUUGCCACAUUGAUACUUGCUAUUUGUGAUGAGAUAUCUGAUUUAGGGAAAUGCUGGGAAAAAUUAGAUGUUGCUGCACGUCUUGUAGUAAUGUCACAUGGAUCAAAUGAAGAAGAAUAUUUUAAGUCUAUUUGCUCUCAGAUUAUUAACCUGCUGAAUUCAAGAGAUAAUAGACAGGGAGCAAUUGUAGCUAAAUGCUGCAUAAAAGCUUUAUAUGAUCAUAAGCAAGAAAUCUUUAUGGAGAAAAUUUUUCGUAGGAUAGCAGAACCAUUUUAUUUGGAAUCUAUCAAUAAACCCAAUGCUUCAGGUAUUCUCAGAACUGAAGACGAAGUAUCUCAGUGUGUUGAGAAUUUAUGCAAAUUGUUUUUAACAACCGAUGCUGAAUUUAAAUGCAUAUCUAACGAGGUACUAGCGGACGUGACAUUACCUUUGUUUUAUCUUUAUGUCGUAUCCCAUCAAAGUAUUUAUGCUCUUCGAGAAAAAGUCCGAAAGUUAAUCUUAAAAGUUCUUGAACUGCAGACAGUAAGAGAAAAUACUUUUGCUAUUAUUUUAAACCACAAAGAACCCGAUCAACAAAAGAAACUUAAUUUUCAAUUUGGAUCAAAAGGAGGUUUACAAAUCACUUCGGAGCCUUCAAACAUAGGCCAUGAACAAAUUGCUGACUGUCUUUUUGAUUUGGUAAAAGACAAGCAGCAAUCAUUUGAUUUAUUCACUUACUUACUAAAAGUAUUACCACAAUUAAGUGACAUGGCUCAAAAAGUUCAAGAAGGAACAUUUUUAGAAAUAGAUGAAGAUGGGCAAAAUAAAUUGGAAAUAAUAGAAAAACAAGUUAUUGCUGUAAAAUUGUUGACGUUGCUUUCUGAUACGAGCUUGGUUCAAAAAGCUCAAAUAAAAAAUCCUGAUCCUCUAUUGGAUUUUAUAAAAUUUUUAUUCAGACAACUUAAUAGUAAUAACGAUACAACGCAUUAUGAAUUAGAUGUUAGUAUGCUGUAUAUGGGUUUGAUGUUGGUUAAAAUCAUUUUAACCGAUGGAAACGUUGGACAAACUUGGGAAACCUAUCAAAACUUCAUAAAGUCGAUUAAAGAGCAAGUUGAUUUCAAGCGAAUGCCACAGCAAGUAGCGUCGCUUUUUGAAGAAAUCGAGACUAUAAUCAAAAAGAAGGGAAACGUCUAUGCUAGCUACUGUGAUUUAUCAGUUGAAAAUAAAAAUGUAAGCGAAUUUGAUAAAGCAAUAGUCGAUUUGACGGAUCCAUUACUUCCUGUUCGUGCUCAUGGCAUCAUAGCUCUUACUAAACUCAUCGAGAGACGACACCCGGAUGCGACAAUGAAAAAGGACUUUCUUUUAUGUGUAUUUCAAGAAAAUCUUAGUCACGAUGAUUCCUUUAUAUAUUUAGCCGCAAUAAAUGGAAUAUGUGCUAUGUCUUCAAUGUUCCCUGACAAAGUUAUCGAAAUACUAGUCCACGAGUUUAUUGGUAUGACUCAACAAACUGGAAAUCGGGAUGUAGCACCUGAGACGAGAGCUAAGCUUGGAGAAAUUCUCGUCAAAACAACCAGAGCCUUAGGUGAAAUGACACCAAAAUAUAAAAGUCUAUUGGUUAACGGAUUCCUAUGUGGCACGAGAGAUCCUGAUCCUCUGGUGCGUGCCUCCAGUCUCUCUUGUCUGGGAGAGUUCUGCAAAAUAAUGGGUUUCAGGCUCGGAAAUUUAAUAAUUGAGAUUUUGUAUUGCAUCGAGUGCAUUAUAAAAACGGAUAAGGACGACGGAUGUCGACGAGCGGGCGUACUCGUGGCGACUUUGUUGCUUCGAGGACUCGGUAAGGAUGCCUUAACUGAAUUGGGCGAGAACCUCGUGCCUCUGUAUCGAGCGAUGAAACACUUGCGUGAUAAUGAUAAAGAUCCUGUCCUUCAACUUCAUGCUCAGUUGGCCCUCGAGGAGUUUAAUGAUAUCGUGCAACAGUUUCUGUUCUCGCCGCUAAAAGUUGAAAAGAAGAUUUUUUUACUUCCCUGAAUAACGUUAAAACAGUGUAAAUAAAGUUAAUGAAUUGGUUAAACUUAAUGUUUAAUAAAUUGAUUAGCUUCUAAACGUGAAAUCUCGAAAAAAUGUCUCUAUACAUUGCUGUAUAAUAAAUUUGUACAUUUUUAUACUAAAAACACGAUCAUAUGUUAAAGUAACCGUUAUCUUUGUUUUGUAAUUAAUAUCUUAAGAUAUUUGUUUGCAUAAAGUUUUUUAAUUAC